GAGCUCAUUUACUAUCAACGUUCGAUUGAAUGCAGCUCGGACCAGCAUCAACCCGUAGAAGUUUAUUUGGGCGCGAGUGACGACGCCGAGCGGACGUACACUGGUGAAGAUCGCGAUCGUCCGGAGUGAAAACUGGUUUACCAUAUUAAAUCUCUAUCUGGUACGGUCAGGGUAAAAGCGUACGCACGAAGUGAUUAAGAACGUAGGCUACAAGUGUAACACACACAGGAACCGGCUUUUCUGAUGCAAAACUGCAUCAAUUGCAACGGAUUGAGGACUGCCUAAUUGCCAUUGUUGGCUCAUCCCACAAACAGCGAUAUAGCAUUCCGGAUCUCUUCGAUCGACGAUCCUCCGUACAGUGAGCAUAAUGUUUGCAGGCCGGGUACGGUUUGUAUCGUUCGUGCUUGUGGUGCUCGGUGUAACGAUUAACCUGCAACAUGUUUCUGCUGGGCCGUGGCGUGAUGGGGUACACCGUAGUGGUAACGCAUUUGCCAAGCGAAUGUCGGAAAGUGAUGAGUAUUUAGAAUUUGGCCGAAAGCUAAAGCAAUCGUGCGGAUAUGAGUCGUGUCCGAAACCAAAGAAAAAUAUGCUUAAUGUGCAUUUGGUGCCGCACACACACGAUGACGUUGGGUGGCUGAAGACGGUCGACCAGUACUACUAUGGAAGUAAAACAACUAUCCAAAAGGCGGGCGUACAGUACAUCCUCGACUCGGUCAUACAAUCGUUGCUAAGUGAUCCGGAGCGCAAGUUCAUCUACGUCGAGUCGGCCUUCUUCUUCAAGUGGUUCAACGAACAGACGGUGGAACUGCAGCAGCAAGUCCGGAUGCUGGUCGAUGAGGGACGGUUGGAGUUUAUUGGCGGUGCCUGGAGCAUGAACGAUGAGGCUGCAGCACACUAUCACAGUGUGGUCGAUCAGUUUACCUGGGGUUUGCGAAAGCUGAACGAUACGUUCGGUGAGUGCGGACGUCCACGGAUCGGUUGGCAGAUAGAUCCGUUCGGGCACUCGCGAGAGCAAGCCUCACUGUUCGCACAGAUGGGGUACGAUGGGCUAUUCUUUGGACGGCUCGAUUAUCAGGACAAGCGUGAACGAAUGACGCACAAACGGGCGGAAAUGAUCUGGAAGACGAGCGAUAAUCUCGAUGAUGCUGAUCUGUUUACGGGGGUUUUGUACAAUUUGUACCAGGCACCACCAGGUUUUUGUUUCGAUAUACUUUGCUCAGAUGAACCGUUCAUGGACGGUCCUUAUUCUGCGGAGAAUAAUGUUAAAGCAAAGGUUGAUAAGUUCCUGUACUACGUAAAUCUCCAGGCGGAGAGUUACCGAGCGAACAACAUUUUACUCACUAUGGGUGGUGAUUUUACUUACAUGGAUGCUAACGUUUACUUCAAAAAUAUGGACAAGUUGAUCAAAUACACGAACGCACGCCAAACAAAUGGAUCGAAUGUGAACGUAUUCUACUCGACACCUUCUUGCUAUCUCAAAGCUCUGCACGAUAUCGGCAUUACCUGGCCAACCAAAUCCGACGAUUUCUUCCCAUACGCUUCCGAUCCUCACUCGUUCUGGACCGGAUACUACACAUCGAGACCAACGAGCAAACGAUUCGAACGUGUUGGCAACCAUUUCCUACAGGUGUGCAAACAGCUGACCGCACUAGCCCCUGCACGUACGGCACACAUGGAACCGCAUCUGAACAUACUGCGGGAAGCGAUGGGUGUAAUGCAACAUCACGAUGCCAUCACCGGUACCGAGAAACAACACGUCGCCAACGACUAUGCUCGAAUGUUAAACGUUGCGGUCAGAGCGUGUAGUGCGAAUACUAAGGACGCACUAAACCAGAUUGUCGAUCCAAAGUAUAAGCGAUCGUUGCGCUCCACUGGUUUGCCCGUCGAGCAUACCACUCCGUAUCCUGAGUACACCUUUGCUUUUCAAUCAUGCCAUCUGCUGAACGUGAGCAAGUGUGAGCUUACUGAGUCAAAGGACAGCUUCACCGUAACGCUGUACAAUCCAUUGGCGCAUGCCGGUCACGAGUAUGUACGCGUUCCGGUUACUGGCGGUAGAUAUAUCGUGCGAGACUAUCGCAACGUGGAAGUGUCAUCACAGGUUGUGCCUAUACCAGAAUCGGUACUAAAUCUAAGCUAUCGCUUUAGUAACGCUACUACGGAACUAGUGUUUCUAGCAAACGAAUUGCCGCCACUUGGUUUUAAAUCAUAUUUUGUAACGCGCGCCAUUGACUCUUUGGAUGACUUCCUUCACGAAGCACCUGUUGCCGUACCAUCGGCUCCAACUAGCGCAGAUCGACCUGCGGAAGAUCAAACGACACACUGGCAAUCGGAGGAAGUAACGAUUGGAAAUAAAUAUUUAAAUGUUUCCUUCGAUAGUAAUGGAUUUAUGAGCUCGAUAACGAUCGACGGUGUUACGAACAGACUUAGACAAACGUUCGUGUACUACGAAGGAGCCCUGGGAAACAAUGAAGAGUUCCGAAAUCGAUCAUCGGGCGCGUACAUUUUCCGCCCGAACGGUACGGAGAAAACCGUCACCGAAAAUGUGCAGCUAAAGGUGGUAAAAGGACCAACGGUGCAAGAAGUGCAUCAGGUGUUUAACGAGUGGAUCAGUCAGGUCGUACGAAUCUAUGCCGAUGAAAGCCAUAUCGAGCUUGAAUGGAUGGUAGGCCCUAUACCGGUAGAGGAUGGUGUAGGAAAGGAGAUCGUGUCACGGUUCUACACCGCCGCCCAAUCAAGUGGAGUGUUCUGGACCGAUGCAAAUGGACGCGAAAUGAUCAAGCGAGUGCGUAACCAUCGCGACACAUGGGUUUUGGAUCUGAUGGAGAAAAUCUCCGGUAAUUAUUAUCCGGUAACAGCGAAAAUAGCACUGGAGGAUGAAAACCUUCGUCUAGCUGUGUUGAACGAUCGUGCACAGGGUGGUUCAAGUUUGGAAGAUGGAUCACUUGAGCUGAUGGUACAUCGUCGACUGUUGCAUGAUGAUGCGUUCGGUGUCGAGGAAGCCUUAAAUGAGAAAGCAUUCGGCAAGGGAUUGGUUGCCCGUGGUAAACAUUGGGUAAUGUUUGGUGCAAAGAAACCGCUCAGCCCAACACCGGAAGCACGCGAACGUUUCCUGCAGAACCGGGUACUGCUGCCUAAUUGGAUCUUUUUCAGCGAUGUCAGUGAGUUUAAGUACGAGGACUGGCAGAAGCAGUAUACCAACAUUUACUCUGCACUUUCGCUGUCACUUCCGUUGAAUGUUCAUCUGCUCACGUUUGAACCAUGGAAGGAUAACAGCAUUCUGGUACGCUUCGAGCAUCUGCUCGAGAAAGGCGAAGAUCCACUCUACUCCAAACCGGUACGAUUCAACGUACAGGACGUAUUCCGUAAGUUCAGUAUUGAGGAAAUCCAUGAAACAACCCUGGGCGCCAAUCAGCUGAAGGAAGACUCUAAAAGACUGAAAUUUAAACCCGAUCCUGACUAUAUCAUGUACACUGCUGUGAAGCGAGAUGUGGGCACAGAUCAUCCAUCACCAUCACCGCCGAACGUACAAUCUGCUCAAUCUCCAAUGAUUGCCGACAUUGCGCGUGGCGUUAGUGACGAUGGGUAUGAAAUUCUGCUCAAACCGAUGCAGAUUAGAACGUUCAUUUUUCAGCUAGAGUACAGGCCAUAACUAGGAAAUAGAAAUUUUAUUCUCUUUUAGUCAAAUUAGUCAAAUAAAGAACGCACAACAGCUCAAUAAUCAUA